CGCUUCCUCUCGGCCCGGUCCUAUUUGGUUGGACCGGCUUGUUGCGGGGAGGGUUGGGGCAAGAUUGUUUGGAGCUUCGCGCACAGUAAGUUCCCCAGAGACUUAUCCGCAGCCUCUGCCCCGGCCCAGCCGUCAGUCUCCAGCUGCCAGCUCAGCCUGGAGGCGCCUGCCUCCGUUCUCCCGAAUGGUGUGCUUCCUCGCAGGCCUUGGCCCAGGAUCCAGGCCCCCUCCGCUCCCUGCCUCGGAGCAGCAGCUGCCCGUGGCUGGGAGGGAAGAACUUUUGCGCGGACAAGGCUAUAGCUCUAGGAACCCCACUGACGACUGGAAUCUCGGCCUUUAAUCCAGCGCGAGUUCUUUCUGUGCCUCCUUUACCAGUCUUUGAGAAGAGAAACCCUUCAUCCUGCCACCCAGAGCCCAGAAGCCCCAAACUGGGGCCCUGGUCCCAGCAUGUCAGUCCUCUCUUAUGUAUAGGGCUGUGCCCUCCCCCCGUCAGCAUGGCUGAGCACAGGCAGGUUCCAGGGGGGCGGGAGACUCCUCAGGGGGAGCUGCGGCCGGAGGUUGUAGAGGAUGAAGUCCCUCGGAGCCCAGUCGCAGAGGAGCCGCGAGGAGAUGGAAGCAACAGCAGUGAGGCCAAAUUGUUUCCCGGGGAUGAAGAGGAGCUGGAUCCUAGAAUUCAGGAGGAGCUGGAGCACCUGAACCAGGCCAGUGAGGAGAUCAACCAGGUGGAACUGCAGCUAGAUGAGGCCAGGACCACCUAUCGGAGGAUCCUGCAGGAGUCAGCGAGGAAGCUCAACACUCAGGGCUCCCACUUGGGGAGCUGCAUCGAGAAGGCCCGUCCCUACUAUGAGGCUCGGCGGCUGGCUAAGGAGGCGCAGCAGGAGACACAGAAGGCAGCCUUGCGAUACGAGCGGGCCGUGAGCAUGCACAAUGCUGCCCGGGAGAUGGUGUUUGUGGCCGAGCAGGGUGUCAUGGCUGACAAGAACCGGCUGGACCCUACGUGGCAGGAGAUGCUCAACCAUGCCACCUGCAAGGUGAACGAGGCGGAAGAGGAGCGGCUCCGUGGUGAGCGGGAGCACCAGCGGGUAACGCGGCUGUGCCAGCAGGCUGAAGCUCGGGUGCAGGCCCUGCAGAAGACCCUCCGGCGAGCCAUUGGCAAGAGCCGCCCCUACUUUGAGCUCAAGGCCCAGUUCAGCCAGAUCCUGGAGGAGCACAAGGCCAAGGUGACAGAGCUGGAGCAGCAGGUUGCUCAGGCCAAGACCCGCUACUCUGUGGCCCUGCGCAACCUGGAGCAGAUCAGUGAGCAGAUUCACGCGAGACGCAGGGGCCUGCCCCCUCACCCCCUGGGCUCUCGGCGCUCCUCCCCCGUGGGUGCGGAGGCCAGGCCGCAGGAGGAGGAGGAGGAUGGGGACAGCGGGAUCACUGAGGGGGCCGAGGGAGAGGCCCCAGAGGAGGGCUGCAGCCUGGGGCCCGGUCCUGCCCCAGAUGCGGACACACUAAGCCUGCUGAGCCUGCGCACAGUGGCCUCGGACCUGCAAAAGUGCGACUCCGUGGAGCACCUGCGGGGCCUCUCGGACCAUGCCAGUCUAGACGGCCAGGAGCUGGGCGCCCGGAGUGGAGGCCGCGGGGGCCGCCACCAGCGUAGCAUCAGUCUGUAGCCUGUGCUCAGGGUGGCUGGCGUGGCCCUUACCACUGCUAGCCCACUCAGGGCUGGGUGGGCUCCCAGCUACUCUCUGGGGUUCUUGCUUCCCCUGGAGAGGUCGGAUUGGCUGUCAGUUCCGUCAUUGGUGUGCCCCCCUCCCCCUGAGUGAUUGAACAGUGUUUCUCCUGCCUCCCCUUCUCUUGAGGGGCUCUACGGAUGUGGCGGAGCCCUCCUGGCAGUCCUGCCCCCAUUGUCUGUCCCAGCCUGCCUAUGUGUAACCUGUAAGAUGCACUGUGGGGCUGUGGGGCUGUGUGCCUGUGGAAGACACCCCCUGUCCCUUCAGCGUUCCCUCCUCAUGACCUAAGCCACUUUGUUCUGGGUGCCCCAGAGCAGGACUUGAAGGGUGCUGAUGUCAGGAAAGGUGAAACCCAACCCCAGUGUCAACAUGGAGGAUAUUACCAACUCCACACAGGCUCCCAUGUGCAUGGUGUUUUCCCCAGCAGAGCUGGGCCCUUAACAUUGCCAAGGUGCUAGUGGGUCUCUACAGGGUCUGUGUUGGGAGUAGAGAUGUAAUGAGGUCCUGAGGCUGAGGCUGUUGCCAUCCCUGCUAUGAGUGACGUUUACCUUUUAGAGGAUUUUGAGCUGGAUCUCAGCCUAUUCCUGCAGGAUGGAGUUGGGGAAUUUGGUGCUCUUUCCCCAACCAAACCACACCUACUCCAGGGUCCCGUGGGGAAUGCUAAAAUGUGGCUGCCCUUGAUGUGGGGAGGGAACUCACCCUCCACAGGGAGCAGCUCCAGGUGUCUGGUGGUGCUGCCAAGCUGUGUGUGUGGUGGAGGUGAGGAGGCCACACCAGGUCUGGGUGCCUUGGGGGGACUGGUCCUUCCUGUCCCGCCCUAGGAGGGCUGAGAGCUAGACUGGGCAGGAGGGCUGUACCUAGGCCUGUGUGCUGCUGCCAUCAACUGGGAGCAGUGGGCCUUCACAUGGACAAUGUCUCCCUGUUCUAGGGUUGAGGUAGGAUGGCCACAAUGAGAACUUCUGGGUUUGAGGUGGCCAUGGGUGGAAGGAAGGAAGGGGGGAUGUGGCCAUGUGUGUGUGCAUGUGCUGGUGUGUAUGGGGGGAAAGGGUCUGCCCCUGAUUUUAUUUAAAUAAAAUAGUUUAUGUAACAGUAA